AUGCCUGCUUGCCUAUUCUUACGCCGCCGUCUUUUCUCUUCUUCGGCCAGAUCGCUGCAUCAAGUGGGAAGUGCAAGACCCUUAUUCUCUCCGUAUCAGAGCCAGGGUCUUUUAAAUCGGACCCAUCCGUUUAGUCGACCUUUCUCCACUUCCUCAUCAUCGUUGAGGAAACCCAAGGCCGCAUCAUCGUUCUGGGCAAUCACAGCCACAUUGGUCGUUAUCGGUGGAGGAACGUGGGUGCGAGAUAAAUACUUCAAUUCCAGUCAAGAAUCUCCCGCCGUAUCGAGCCCUCAAGAUACACAGUACUUGCAAGAACCAUAUCUCGAAGUGAUCGACACUCUCCAAACGAUGCCUAUUGAAGCAGCCCCCGGGACCGUGACCCAGCUCACGCCAGAGCAGGAAGCUAAGCUGCGAGAGCUUUGGGUCUUGACGUUGAAGGUUUUUGGUGUCAAGCUUGAUGGCGAGACAUCUUCACAAAGUUCAUCGCAGGGCAAGAAAUCAAAGUCCGGUGCUUCGUCUCUGAAUCUCAGCGAUAUAACUGAUGGUGACGACAAGUAUGGCCAGGCCAAGGAAUUCCAGCAGGCCAUUGCUGACAUUUCGCCCGAGGAAAUCCGACAGAGCUUUUGGAGCAUGGUUAAACAUGACCACCCCGAUUCUUUGCUUCUGCGAUUCUUGCGAGCACGAAAGUGGGAUAUCAAAAAGGCGCUGAUCAUGAUGAUCUCUACCAUGCGGUGGAGAAAGGUUGAUGCGAAGGUAGACGAAGAUAUCAUGAUGAAUGGCGAACACCUCGCUCUGAAGCAGUCGCAAAGCUCUGAUCCUGCGGAAAAGAAGGCGGGUGAGGAGUUCUUGAACCAAAUGCGUAUGGGCAAGAGUUUCCUUCACGGUGUCGACAAGGCUGGCCGCCCAAUUUGCAAUGUCAGAGUGCGCGCUCACAAAGCAUCCGACCAAAGUGUGGAGGUUAUGGAGCGAUACACAGUGUAUAUCAUUGAAUCCGCCCGAAUGCUGCUGGCUCCUCCGAUUGAAACUGCCACAAUCGUUUUUGACAUGACCAACUUCUCUUUGGCAAACAUGGACUACACACCGGUGAAAUUCAUGAUCAAGUGCUUCGAGGCUAAUUACCCCGAGUCAUUGGGUGCCGUUCUCGUUCACAAAGCUCCCUGGAUUUUCUCAGGAAUCUGGAGUAUCAUCAAAGGCUGGCUUGAUCCAGUAGUCGCCGCAAAGGUCCACUUCACCAAGAAUGCCCAGGACCUCGAGAAGUUCAUUCCGCGCAACCGCAUAAUGAAGGAACUUGAUGGUGAAGAAGACUGGGAAUAUAAAUAUGUGGAGCCUCAACCUGGUGAGGAUAAGUUGAUGGAAGACACAGCCACGCGCGAUAGACUGCUUGCCGAAAGGCAAGAACUCGCCAAAGAAAUGCAGGCUGCUACAAUUUCAUGGAUUUCGGCCAACUCCAAGAACAACAAGGAAGCCAUCGCUACGGCAACGGAAGAAAGAAACAAACUGGUCGAGCGUUUGAGGGCACAAUACUGGGAGCUGGACCCGUAUGUCCGCUCGAGAUCUUUCUACGACCGACUGAACAUCAUCCAAGGAGAUGGGAAGAUUGAAUUCUACCCUAACUCUGAAAAGAAAUCGACUGCCUAA